AUUAUAAUCUGCAAUGGUAUUCCAUAUUACCAAUUACAUGCGAGAGACUAAUGUCUGGAUGAUCAGGAAGAUGAGAUGGAUCUUCUGGAGUUUCUGUCUUUCCAUUCCAAUAUACAGAAACUUCUACUGGGACUUCCACUCUAGAAGAGUCGCUUGGAUAAAUUGGUUUGAUAGAAGGACUGAAGAGGAGAAGGCAGCGGAUGCCAAGAAACAGAAAGGAAAUUGGGGAUAUAAGCCGAGAUAUGAGCCCACUUAUGAUUUUAGUAUUAAAAAGAGGAGAUAUGAUCUUCAAUCUAAAUCUCAAAGAAUUAGAGAUACCCCAAGGUUGACUACUACGUUAGAUCAGCAUGAAAGAAAAGGAGUUGAGAGACCUGAAGACAUUAAAACUCUUUCAUACAUCUUGAGAGAACAUAACAGAAUUCCAGGAUCGUUUGAUUACAGUUAUCCUCAAGAUUUCUAUUCUCAUUAUCAAGACAUUGACUUUGAUGCCUAUGUUGUCUUAGGAUCUGAUCAAAGAGUAGGAGUUGAUCCUCUUUAUGACGAGAAUUAAGAAAUCAAAUACAGUUGCCUAUAAGUUCUCGAUGACUCUU